CAGUCCUGGAUCUCAGGGCAAGGUUGGAGAACAGCUUCUUUCAAACUUUUCAAACCUAUUAGACCUCCUUGCUACCAUCAUGUCGUUUAAUAUCUCGGACUCAAUCCCGGUUCUUCCUCCAUAUGCGGCCGUGUAUCUCCUCUUGGUUGCCCUCCCUGUGCUGGUAAUCUCCGAAACCACAUCCUCCCUCGCCGGCCAUGCAGUUUUCAAGAUCAUCUGUUCCACAGCAUUUGCUAGUGGGCCACUCUUAUUAAAAGAAUGGUCGCCCUACGACACUCUCAUAAUAUAUGGCCUCGUCCUAUCUUUCAUCGGCGACAUAUGCUUAAUUCCCUCUGGGAAUGAAUACUACGACUCCAGCUCCAAAUCGGUGGAGUCCUCCAAGGCCGCCAGGAAAGGCAACACCUCGCGUGAUGCACCAAAAGAAGUAGAAAUAUCUACUUCAUUCAAGCUGGGCAUCCUCGCAUUCGCCGGCGCGCAUAUAGCCUAUAUCCUUGCCUUCCUUCGCAAUGCCGACGAAGUUUCCCAGUCGACGCUUGUAAUCACGUUCGUGGCAUCGAUGGCGGCCGGGAAAUGGCUCGGUGCCAUCUACCCAGGGCCGACAUCCACGAAAUCGAGCAACGUUCUCAACCUCUCCAUUGCUGCCGAAAUGCGGCCCCUGGUUUCCGUGUAUGCAACUAUCAUCAGCUCGAUGCUGGCCGUAGCGGCCGCUACUGCCGCCCCAGCUUCCUCCAACUGGCCGCGCCAACGGCUUCUAGGAGCCAUCAUGUUUGUCCUCAGCGAUCUUUUCGUUGCGGCGGAUGCGUUUGGGGACUCGGGCGUAGCAAGGAGAGUCAAGAAGGCGACCAUUAGGCGGAAUUCCGUCAUAAAAAUUGCUGUGGGAUGGGGUCUUUAUUUUUGGGCACAGAUGAUUUUGGCUGGGACGCUUUACGUAUGAGCCAAGAGGCUUCCGCGGCACUUCUGAGAGCUUUGCUAUCCUUUCAUAUGCUAUGAAGCCGGAACGCUAGGGUUGGCGUUAUUCCAUUGAGUCAGUUGUGGUCCCUGUUACCUUCUCAUAGUUGUUUUCCACAGCGGCUCUCAUUUGGGCUCGCGGUGCCCUCCUUCCAGUCAUAAGCUCAAACUGUGCAAAUCCUUGCGCCGGUAUGAACUCUAAACCAUCAACCAUAACCCAAGCCCGCCCCGUCUUCUGACGAAAGCGUCGUAUCACAAGAGGCGUAUUCAGUGGCUUAUAUGCCAACUAUCAAAUGUACCUGUUAUUAUCUAGUUUAUUGAAUACAAAGGAGCUUUGAAGGGGCC